AUGGAUUCUCUAAAGCAAUCGCUCUUGGACGUGGCGCCAGUUGUGGAAUGCGAUCAUACGUCGCGGAACAGCCUGUUUUUCCAGCAGGCGCGCGCGCCAAAACCCGCGCCACCGCGUUCAAAGCCCCUCGUCGUGGCGGAGAAUGCGCCAGACAGAGGGCGAGAUACACAGAUUGAGAAAGGACGGGGCCAUGAGAAGCGGUUAUUUUUUGGGCGCAUGUCGAGUGAGCAGCGCGAGUCAGAACACCAAAGGAUCCGUGCGAGUCGCCGCAACGUCGAUUUUCGUGUAUAUUUUGAGAAUGAGUGUAAGCUGGGCGAAGGGCGCAAUGCGGAAGUGUUUUUGGGUGCGUACUACGAAUAUGAUCGGCUGGAGACGCCACCCAUUUCUGUGGGUUGGCAGCUUUGUGCGGUGAAACGCGCACAGGUAGAUCGCGAGUCACAACUUGCUGGACUCGACGAGGCUUUUGCACUACGCAGGCUUGGGCCGCAUCCGCAUAUUGUUGGUUUGGUAGCCGUCAUUGAUGAACUGGAUGCGACACACGAGGAGGAAACGGCCAAGCCCGUUGAAUCGCCCGAAGUGCCGCGCCUUUUGAUUUUGCUCGAGUAUAUGCCGCACACAUUUUCUCAGCUCAUCGCGCGACGCCCGCAUAUUGUGGACUUUCCCAUGUGGUUAUCUUGGGGAAAACAGCUCGCGUCCACGCUUCAAUGGCUGCAUGAGCGUGGUUGUGUACAUGGGGAUAUCAAGAUGCAGAACGUACUGUUGACCGAGGAUUUCCAAAUUAAGCUGUGUGACUUCAGCUCCGUACUUUUCUCGAAUGCGGCUGCUCCUGCGACGGACUGUGCGACAGUCGGCACACCGGCAUUUCGAGCGCCAGAACUGUUUGCUACAUCGCGCUGGAAGCCGACGAACCAGGACGAAACACAUCCUGCCCUCUCGUACACGUUGGACAUUUUCAGCCUCGGCGUGCUGCUUUACUCGCUCGCCACUGGCGUAGAGCCAAGCAAGCGGGUCCGGAGUAUCAUGGCGAUGCGCCAGCGCCAGUCGCUUUUUUUUCACUCGGAGGAGGACGACCGGAUCGAGCGCUUGUCUGUGCAGGGGUGUGAGCAGCAAGAUUAUGCACUGCGCACACCGUCUCCGUGUCCUUCUAGCAGCGUGGAAUCUUCGCCCAAGCUGGAGCACUUGCCGCAAUGGUCUAUUGACCGACUGCUCGAUCCUUCGCCAGUUCCGCACGGCGUCAUUCAUCGCUCAACAGAUCGUUCGUCUCGCAGAUCGGGAGACACUACACUGCACUUACCUGUCUCGCGGAGCACAUCCUUGCACUUGGCAUCCAAGUCGGGGCUCCCCUCAGGAUUAAGCAGGUGCAGCUCGGUGCGCGAAGAAACGACGGGGAAGAUCUGGUCUCACGGGCUUGAACCGCUGCGGACAACCACGCACGCCCCAUACAAUGGUGAAGAGGCUGUGCCUAAUACACCACCCAUGCGCUCUGUACAUCUCAAUGCCACGUCCUCUCCGUGUGAUUUGAACGUGUCGCUGGACUACACGGGACGCUAUGUUGACGGCGCACCAGCACUCAUCCUCCCGGGGGGCGGCCGUCUUCCUGAUACGCUUCGCGAUCUAAUCAAGUCUAUGGUGUCACCCAUUCCAGAGAAACGGCCCAGUGCUGCCCAGGUGCUGCGCACCUUGCAAGCGGCCGCGCCGUAG